ACAACACAGUCAACAUUUAGAACUACAAAUCCUUCCACCACAUGGAGAACAAUUCUUGAAACGAUGGCAACAACGCAACCACUAUCUACGGAGAAAACCACGCAGCAUACAUCCACCAUGGAAACAACGCAACCUUCAACCACAAUGAAAACUACACAGUAUACAUCCACCAUCGAAACAACGCAACCUCCAACCACAGUAAAAACUACUCAGGUGCCGUCAACAAAGCCUACAACAACUGUAACAAGUACGCUGCCUACAACAACUACACAGCACCCAUCUACGGUGAAAACUACACAACAACCGUCUACGGUAAAGACUACAAAGUCUCAAACUACGUUCCUAACUACACAGCCUAUAUCUACGAAGAAAACAACUCUGUCUACAUCUACGAUGGAAACUACACAGCCUACAUCUACAGUGGAAACUACACAGCCUACAUCUACAGUGGAAACUACACAGGAGCAAUCUACAGUGAAAACUACACAGGAGCCAUCUACGGCGAAAAUUACACAGGAGCCAUCUACGGUAAGACUACAAACUCGCAAACUACGUAAAAACUACACAGCCCACAUCUACAGAGAAAAGUACACAAUCUACAUCCACGAUGGAAACUACACAGCCAACAACCAUAUUGAAAACAACCCUACAUCCAACUACACAGCUGUCUUCAACGAUGAAAACUACACAUGUACAGUCAACAGUGAAAACUACAAAGCCUCCAACCACAUUGAAAACGGUUCAGGAACAAUGGAAACAACGCAGCCUCAAUCUACUGUAAAAAACUACACAACCUCCAUCAACAGUGAUAACCACACAGCCUACAUUCACCAUAAAAAACCUACGUCUGAAUCUACGGUAGUAACAACACAACCUACAACUACGGAGAAAACUACACAUCUGUCAUCGACGGUAAAAACAACACAGUCUGCAACUACGGUCGAAACUACACAGCUGCCAUCUACGGUCAAAACUACACAGCUGCCAUCUACGGUAAAAACUACACAGCUGCCAUCUACGGCAAAACAACGCAGUCUCCAACUACGAUCGGAACUACACAUCCGCCAUCAACGAUCAAAACUACAGAGAUGCCAUCUACAGUCAAAACUACAUAUCUGCCAUCUACGAUCAAAACCACCCAGGCGCCAACAACUACAGAGAUGCCAUCGACAGUGAAAAGUACAGAGCUGACAUCUACAAUCAAAACUACACAGCCGGCAUCUACGCUAAAGACUACAGAGGCUGCAUCUACGGUCAAAACUACAGAAUUGCCAUCUACAG